AUGCCAGGACCACCCCCAGCAAAGAGCAGCGCAUUUUGCAAGACUUGCCACAUAUCUAUCUGUGUCUUAUGUCUAUCGGAGAAGCAAAAUGCGCAUGAAAUUGGCGAGUUAUCGGAGAAAGUUGACACAUUAUCCGACAUUAUCGCCAAAGAAAAUGAACAGCUUCAGUCCUUACAAUCUGAUAUGGAAAAAAUUCUGGUCCAUAUCAACAGAAGAUCUGCAGAACUUCCACUUGCCAGCAAACAGACAAAAAAUAAUGUUACCUCCCAUAUCAGGGGAAAGGCAUCAGAGACACUGCAAUCGUUCAAAAGACCCACAGACAACCUUACACAAGAAGCUGAAGAUGAAAUCUCCUUAUUUCCGAAAGCUCUAUAUGUACCUUCAGUUCUUACCACCCUUGAUGCACAGUUUCCAACUUCUAAAGAAAACAACAACAGGUUGUAUUCCAUUGUUCCCCUCGGUGACGGCAGGGUGUGGGUAGGUGGACACAGUGAUAUCCUGAAGCUUUUUUAUCAGGAACGUCUUAUAGCCACUGUCAAUAAAAAGAGUAUUGGUUUGUUCCUGACUCUGCAUGAGGGACAUAUAGUUUAUCCCGAUACUGACAAAACCCUGAAGAAGGUUAUAAACGGUAAAAUAGAUACAUUGUUCAGUACUGGCGAGUGGAUCCCUGACGGUAUCACCUGUACCGCGGCACGUGACUUCCUUGUCUGUCUCCGAUCAACAGAUGAUUCACAGUCAAAGGUCGUAAGAUAUAGCAGUUCUGGUGACGUCCUGCAGGAAAUCCAGUACGACUCCCUGCACCAACCUCUGUUUAAGUGGGCAAUUUACGUGGUGGAGGAUUGUAACGGCGACAUUUGUGUAGUUGAUUGGAAUAAAAAUGCCGUCACAGUCGUUGACAAGUUCGGAAUAUUCAGGUACUCUUACACAGGGAACAAAGCAUCCAAAUUCAAACCUUGCUCUCUUACCAAAGACAGCAUGCAUCGUAUCAUCACCACUGACUUUCUUUACCACAAGAUUCACAUGCUGGACAGGGACGGUCGAUUCCUGAGGUACAUCAUUCCUGAUCAGGGGAUACAGAGACCAAGGGCCGUGUGUGUCAUUAGGGAGGGGGAGUUAAUGGUGGGGGAGUGUAUAACGGGAAUGAUUAAGAGAAUAAAGUACCUAGCCUAA